CCUAGCGUCAGCCAUCCCAAUUGACUUCCUAAAACAAACAAAAAUAAAAAACAUAGGGAUCAGUCCAGUGAGUCCAUUGAUAAUGAAACCGAUCACUGAUUGGCUGAAGUUAUAGUUGCUCGUGCGCACUGCUUUGGUGAGGGAGACGGAGGUCAUAGGAGARUAGUUGGGGGGACAGAGAUUUUUAGCGGCAUUGGGGCUUUGAGGGAGAAUGCUGCGCAGGACCGUCUCCUUCCCCAUUGAGGUGGGGCGGCUGCAGCAGCUGGGUCUAUUGGACUAUGCCUCCCACGGUGUGACAUCAUGCUCGGUGCUCGACCUCCCGUCUCUCCACCGAGGUCACCAGGGUUCACGACAACGGAAGGAUGAGUGGCAGGGCCGGUACCAGGGGCCUGCCGAGGCUGGCCAAUGGGAGGAUGAGCGGCAGGGCCGGUACUGUGGGCCUGCCGAGGCUGGCCAAUGGGAGGAUGACGGUGGGUUAGUGGUCACACCCUCUUCUAAUGGUAGCACCAGGGGACCCAGAUGGAGGGAUAUGUAUGCCAGCUCAGACCAGCUAAGGUCAGACUCAGUGGAAGAUGGCUAUGAUUAUGAAGAGGGGAAGCAGAAUGAUGAGUCUGUCAGGCUGUACGUGUCAGAGGAGGAGAGAAUCCUCAACUCUGCAGACCUGAGUUCAGAGGAGAGGCGUGAUGUUCUAGCAGAGUUGGUGUAUUCCCGAAGCAGACUGAAGCAAUUGAACUCAGAGCURCAGAGAACAGUAGAGGUAGCCGAUGACAACAACACACUGCUACGCACCGAGAACACUGCCCUGCGCAACCAAGUCAAAGGGAUGAAGCAGUCGAUUCAUGAUGCAGAGCAGCUGAUGGAUGAGCUGGAGGAGAUCCGGAGCCUAUUGGUUGAGAAAGACGAUGCUACGGGCAACCUGGAGGCCUACAUCAAACAACUGGAGAAAGAGAAGGAGAUUUUGGAGGACCAGAUUGAAACCAUCGGCAGUGAGAUGUCCCGUAUUAUACCAGACAGAGCCACUGACAAGAAGAAGAUCGUUAACCUCAACCAGGCUCUACAAGCCUUACAGCUUCGGCUCGAGGAGAGCAGACUCGCUUUGGAUCACAGGGAUGAGGUCCUACGUAAGAAGGACUUUGUAGUUGAGCAGCUGGAGCAGUCCCUUACAGAGUACUCCUCCAUUGCACAGGAUCUGAAGGAGAAGAUGAAGGAUCUGCAGAGCCAACUGGCAGAGGCCCUAGUUAAUGGAGGAGAGGGGGGUUACAUGGCAUUAGAUGGAACUCUGUCUGAAGCCACUCAGCGCUCCAUCUCUCUAGCAGAGGAACUGGGUCUACUGCCAUGCAUGAUGGAGGACUCCUCUGAUGAGGUGCAGAGGGAGGAGAAGAUAGAGGAGGAGCAGAGAGUGGAGGAGAGGGUAGAAAGAGAGGCGGAUGAGAAGAAAGAGGAGGAGGUGGUUAAGGAGGAGAAACAGAUGUUAGAGGAGAAGAGUGGUGUGUGGUCAGAUAUGGUGAGAGGUGUCCGAGCAGCAGGAGGUUUCACCCUGGGUUUCCUGGUUCCUCUGGGUGUCCUGGUCUCCAUGGUCCCCGGCUGCUACGAYCACUGUACAGGACUCGGCUUCACCAACACUUUCUGGUCUACAGCCAGAUACCUCAUACAGCCAUACUGCAAUGUGCACCACAUAGGMCUCCCCCCGCUGUAAUACACACCAGAGGGAGCUGGUGGGUGGAGCUAUAGGAGGCUUAUUGUAAUGGCUGGAAUGGAAUUAUUAUCUACUUACCAACCUACACGCAUACCUACCUACAUAACUACCAACAUACACGCGCACACACUUAAACAUGAAUACGCACAAUAAUACAACUCAAACCCUGAUCAUCAACCCUUCCAGGUUGCUGUCAACUAAAUAAACUGGAAUACGGCAUCAUACAUGGACAACUAGUUGUAUUUUAAAUKGAAAAGGUAGAGAAGAUUUUACAAUGUGUAUUUAUUUAUUUGUUAUGCACAUUUUAAAUUACAUUUUAAAGGUUGGACUCAAUGUUGUUCAUGUUUUGUUAUUUUUUGGUCUAAUGUCUGUAUAGUGUUCUGUACAGUACAGAAAUUCACUGCCACGUCAUAGUCUACUCUGUCAUUUAAUUAUUUUAUUCGUAACAUUCUUGUUUUCCCUGGUUUGAAUUUAAAAUAUUAUUUACAUUUAAAUAAAGAGACUUGUACAGUAAGGUCGAAGAUUUUUGAUAACUAACCCAAGAUAGACUAGAGCCUGUCGUUUCCAAUGGGAGUAAAUUAAUCAUAGUGGGCAGAACAAGCAAGGAGGCGGUCAGAGCCAGGCACGAGCUAGUGAGAUCCUAUUGGCGUGUUCUGGCAUCUAUUUGCAUAUGUCCGUUAGGGAACGCCUACUUUGAAGUGCAAGUGUACAAUAACUCAAAUUGCCCUUGCACUCCGAAACAAAGCAAUUUUUUCAACUUUGGCAAAGUAUACAAAAGGCAGUUCACUCUGUUACAGAUUCUAGUUUUGGAAACAGAAAACUGUAUGGAGAUCAAAUGUUUCACUGAUGUAAUUUGAAGAAUGUUGGCCAAAAUCCAUCUCGCUCCAUCUCCCACUGAGCUUCCUCUCAUCACAAUAUUUGGUAGUGAGUGGAAACGCAAUCCGGAUGCUUAAUAUUUAUACAUCUGGUGAAAUAUUUUGAUCAUUGUUCUAUAUGUGGUUGUAACGUGUUUGUCUUUCCAUUUCAUGUCAAAAUCUGGAUGUAACAAAGAAAGUGACGAGAAUGUAUUUAGAGCUCGGCACUUUAUAAUCUUAAAACCCGCAAAUGAUUUACCUCUGGUUCAUUCAGGGGAAAGAAUAGUUUUGGGAUAAACGCAGAAAAUAAGUUUAGAGGUUAACACAGGCUUAGGAGAUCUUAUACGUUUUGUUCUAUGAUAUCAUUAAAUUAAAAUUACCUUCGUGAUUUAUGAAGCCUUCAAAAUUCACAAAAAGACGCCAUCGCUGCAGCUAGCGACUGG